AUGGUGUUCGGAAUUAAACUACACGCUACCGACAGCAUCUCGGACGAUGCGCUCUUUCAUCUCAAGAGCUACAAGUACUCGAGCGUGGACAAGUCACCGGUGUCCCACUACAUCCUCAACCCCUACUGGACUGCGGCCGUCGAUCUUCUGCCAUUAUGGCUGGCCCCGAACAUGGUCACGCUGAUCGGAUUCUGCUUUAUCCUGGGCAACAUCGGACUGCUGCUGAUCUUCAUGCCUGACCUCGUGGGACCUGCACCAUCAUGGCUAUACUACAGCUUUGCCUUUGGCCUGUUCAUGUACCAGACGAUGGACAACCUCGACGGCAAGCAGGCCCGACGGACGGGCACCUCGAGCGGACUGGGUGAGCUCUUCGACCACGGCAUCGACUCGCUGAACUGCACGCUGGCCAGCCUGCUGGAGACGGCGGCGAUGGGCCUGGGCACGUCGACGUCGGGCGUCUUCACGGCGCUGUGCCCGUGCCUGCCGAUGUUCUUCUCGACCUGGGAGACGUACCACUCGCACACGCUCUACCUCGGCUAUGUCAACGGGCCGACCGAGGGACUGCUCGUGGCCUGUCUGGUCAUGAUCAUCUCGGGUUACAGCGGCCCAGGCAUCUGGACGCAGCCGGUGGUGGAGCUGCUGGGCGGCCACGACAACUACAGCGGCCCGGUGAGCAGCAGCGUGCUCUCGGCCAUCGGACACUACUCGAUCCGUGACGGCUGGAUUGCCAUCAUUGUGGUGUCGCUCCUGGUCGGCCACAUCCCGUUUUGCAUCGUCAACGUGGUGCGGGCGCGCAAGUCACGCGGCCAGCCGGUGGCGCCGGUCUUUCUGGAAUGGACGCCGAUGGCGGUGUUUACGUGCUCGAUCGGCGCGUGGGUCUACUCGCCCUACUCAUUUAUCCAGUCGGACAACCACCUGGUGCUCUUCUGCGUCACCAUGUCCUUUGUCUUUGGCCGCAUGACGACCAAGAUGAUCUUGGCACACCUGACGCGCCAGCCGUUCCCGUACUGGACGGUGAUGCUGACACCGCUCGUGGUUGGCGCCGUGCUCAUCAACGUGCCGCGGUAUGGGCCUUGGGUUGGGCUGGAGCCGUUGGCGCCAAUCAGCGCCCAGACCGAGCUCAACUACCUGUGGGCGUACUUUUUCUUCUCGAUGGUGGUGUACUUCCGGUGGGCAUACCUGGUGGUCAAUGCGAUCUGCAACUUCCUGGGCAUCAACGCCCUGACGAUUCCGCUGGAGAAACAGCAGGAGAACGAGCGACGGAUGAUGAAGGAGACGGCCUACGCUAGUGGCAGUGGCCCUAUCCUGAACGGUAAGACGGAUUGA